GUUUACGGUUUACUCAUCUCCUCCCACUCUCUCUCUCCGUCUCAGCUAGAUCUAGAAGUAGACAGCAUCAAAGUGUGAGCGAACAUGGCAGGCAAGGGAGGUAAAGGUCUCAUCGCCACAAAGACAAUGGCUGGUAACAAGGACAAAGACAAGGACAAGAAGAAACCCAUCACUCGCUCUGCUCGUGCUGGUAUUCAGUUUCCAGUGGGACGUAUCCAUAGGCAACUCAAGACAAGAGUUUCAGCACAUGGGAGAGUUGGUGCCACUGCUGCUGUCUACACGGCAUCGAUUCUAGAGUACUUAACUGCGGAGGUUCUUGAGUUAGCUGGAAACGCGAGCAAAGAUCUGAAAGUGAAGAGGAUAACUCCAAGGCAUUUGCAGUUGGCUAUCAGAGGAGAUGAGGAGCUUGACACUCUCAUCAAAGGAACUAUUGCUGGAGGUGGUGUAAUUCCUCACAUCCACAAGUCUCUCAUCAACAAGACUAUCAAGGAGUGAUUUGGUUUUCUUAAGGGACUGUGGUUUAUGUGAUAUUGCUAAUUAGUAGCUUAUGGUGUUAAUGUUUGUGUUUGUUUAGUCUUGGACUGUUUUUUAAUUUUUCUUUAGUUUUUAUGUUAGUGUGUUGAACUAUUCUGGACAUCCUCAGAUGUACAUUUAGUUAAUCUGAACUCUUAGGUUUCUUGUUUGAGCUAAUGUUGUCUUUG